AUGGCCGAUCAACAUUCUGCAAUUCUUGAGGAAAUCAAAAAGAACAUUCAAAGCCUUCAUGAAAAGUUUGAAGCUCUUGAAAAGAAGGUAGCAGGUGGUGUUCCCAAGCAGGAACUCCGUAUGGUCAUUAUGGGUCCUCCUGGUGCCGGUAAGGGUACUCAAGCUCCUGCUAUCAAGGACAAGUUCUGUGCCUGUCACUUGGCUACCGGUGAUAUGCUCAGAGCUGCUGUUGCCUCCAAGUCUCCUCUUGGUUUGGAAGCCAAGAAGAUCAUGGAUGAAGGAGGACUUGUUUCUGAUGAAAUUGUUGUUGGUAUGAUCAAGGAAAAUUUGGACAACAACCCUGAAUGUAAGAAUGGUUUCAUUUUGGAUGGUUUCCCUCGUACUGUUGUUCAAGCCGAGAAGUUGGAUGAGAUGCUUGAAGAAAAGAAGAAGCCCUUGAACUCUGUCAUUGAGUUGGUCAUUGAUGAUAACCUUCUCGUCUCUCGUAUCACUGGCCGUUUGAUCCACCCUUCUUCUGGUAGAACUUAUCACAAGGAAUUCAACCCUCCCAAGGUUGCCAUGAAGGAUGAUGUUACUGGUGAGCCUCUUAUCCAACGUUCCGAUGAUAACGAAGUUUCCUUAAAGAAGCGUUUGGAUGCUUUCCACAAGCAAACUGUUCCCGUUGUUGAUUACUACAAGAAGAAGAACAUUUGGUACGGUGUUGAUGCUUCUCAAUCUCCCAAGGCUGUUUGGGCUGCUCUUGGUGCCAUUUUCGAUAAGACCCUUUAG